AUGAAAACAGAGUAUCGGUCGUUUGAAGUAGUCGCCAGCUUCUUUCAUCUUUGGUUACACGUUUUGGCAGUUGGUGGUCUUGUAAUCAGAGAAGAACCAGCAGAUACAAUUAUCACACAAGUUGGUCACGUCCAUACUGCUACUCUCUACUGCAAGACAAACUCUCAAGAUAAUUCGACAAUCACUACUUGGUACCAAGAUGACGUCAACGUAAAAGAAGGAGGUUUACCUUUCUAUAACAUAACGAAAGAAAGUCUUGUGGUUCAAACUACGGAUAUCAAUGAUCCCGGAGUAAUUCUAGAAGGAUUGUAUUAUUGUGUGAUCAACAACGGAACGGUAGCGGUCAGAAGCAAGAGCGCGUAUAUUAGAGGAAAUCGUUUCAUUUUCUUUGUUCCUCCAUUGGCCAGAGCUUUUUCCACGCAAGCAACAGUUGUAGUAGCUCAAAGUGGUUACCUACAACUACCAGUAUCGGACAACAGACCUUUCUGGUUAGUAGAAUGUGAAAGUGUCACUAUCAGUUGUACAUCUACAAGCUGUCCAUUUUGGCAUGACGUAUCUGUGACUGGUCGACUCGUCGUUUUCUCCGUCCUUCGCAUUAGAUACAGUGAAAUCAGAAACAACAUUGACAAAUGUAGAAAUGAAAGCACAAUACGUGUCAUCGGUACAAUUGGAACACCUCGAAUGGAAGGAACGUUUACCUUUAAAGAUACUAUAUCAUUGUUUCCAAGGGCUUAUAUUCAAAAUCAAAAUAUUUUUAUUCAAGUUGGCAGUAAUGCAACCCUUUACUGCAUAUCCAGUCAUAGUAGCAGCCCGUACACGUGGAAAAGAGAUGGUUCUGUGAUUGUUGUUGGUAUGAGAUUUUCAUUGCUCAUUGAUGGUGUGCUGCACAUACAAAACGUGACUGAACAAGACAGCGGGCACUAUGAAUGCACUGCUACCGCAACAUUUCCAUCAUUUGGCGUUGAAACCAGAAAAGUGUCAUGGAGUGUUACUGUAUACAGCUUACCGCGUGUUACUCUAUCUCUUUCUCAACUGAACGACACGCGCACUGAACAGUUCUGCAACACAACCCACCUUGUUGUUCCCUGCAUUCUAAAUCAUCUCCCAACUACAGUAAAGUGUCAAGCAAAAGGAUCUUUUCCGAUGUUGAUUCAACUAUUUCGCAACGCCCAGUUGCUGUUAAAGCAAAACGUGACGAAUGCCAAUCAUGCUGUGCAGCACACAAUUUUAUCUCCUCGUUUAGGAAUCUAUCAAUGUAUCGCUAGAAAUGAGUAUGGCAGCAAACAAUCAUCACUCUACGCAACAGUAUCUGGUGUUGUUCCAACUGUUUUUGCUACAAGUCGCUCAUCAACAACGGAAGCUACAUCUCCAUCGAUGCCACAGUCUACUGACUACGUGACUGCGUCACAGUCAAUUCCUCGAGCGUCAAGUACGUCAACUAGUUCCUCAUAUUCGUCUCAACUUACGAAUGCAACAUCUCAUAAUGUGCAAUCUACUUCUGGAACGAAGUCUCCGAGAGUUACUAGUGCUCCAGUUACCGUCACACAAGCUAAUGCGUCAUCCGUGUCUCUAUCCAGUAGUUCUUCGACUCUCAAUCUUCCUACCACUUCGACACCACGCACCAGCUCGUCUUCUCAACGAUCAGAUCUUAUACCAACGACAUCAACCGUUUUGCCAACGUCUCAAACCGCAUCACCUCCAUCCCACUAUACAAACACUCUUUCCUCAUCAGGUGCAGCCAAUCUCCCUAGUGGAAAAGUGACGAGUGCAGCGACUAGUGCAGACGCAAGUGAAAGUACAACUAAGCCAGCAACAAAAGCAACAACACCAACGCCUGCAAAAGAGUCUGACGGUCAAUCAAUUGCAGUAGUUGCUGGUGGAGCUGCAGGUGGAGUCGUCGUCUUAAUUGUCUUUCUAAUCAUUAUCAUCGUCACUUGCUAUCGACGUACACAAAGUUUUGCACUCGAUGAAGAUAAGCAACGGUCUCCAGUAGCAAGUGCUACCACAAUCGACAAUCCCACCUACUGGACAGAAACAACAAAUAGAGAAAGACUGAAACAAAGUCAUGUUGACAGCAGUGGACAAACAGCUGCGUCCUCCUCAUACGAAACUAUUAACAAACCGACGGCUAUUGUUUCACCCGUGCAACGCCCCACUGCGACCGGAAGCGACGGGAUAAAAAAAGAAGAUGAGUAUGAUGUGUUGGACCGAAAAAUGGAAGAUGAAGUGAUUGUUACAAAACUUGACGGUCUAGACGAACGUUACUCAACGCUAGAAAGCAGCAAAUACAGUGUGUGUGACCGAAAGACGGAUGAAAUUCCUGUUACAACAGAAGGCAUUCCAUUGGAGGGUUACUCUGUAGUUAAGCGAAUGUCGGACAAGAGGCAGAAGAAUGCCGAUAGCAGUCGCUCAGAUGGUCAAUAUGAGGAAGCAGUGAUAAGUGGAGCUUACGCACUCGUUGGCAGUGCAAACAAUUCUUCAUCUAACGUCCAAAGACAAAGCGAUCUCCAAAAAGAUAGCCCGUAUGCGGUACCUGACAAACCGAAACAAGCAGUAGGUGCGCGUUUGUCUGCGUCUUCUACGAAUGGUAGGCACUCUGAAGUUACCGCCAAAAAGCCGAAACAGCUCGCACAACGUUUGUCUACAACAUCUGCAAGUGAACCAUAUGAAGAAGUCGUGCAGUCGGGUAGUACUAAAGAAGAAAAUCCUUACUCUCUACCGAGUGAGCACAAAGCUAAGGCUCGUAAGAAUACUGUGUCACCAAAAACUGAGUAUUCCUACGCCAAGCCUGAUUCCAAACGAGCAACGACGGUCGAGAGUGACCGCUUAGUGAUAGGAGAGGUCAGGCCAACAAAACAAGACGAUGAAGAAAUGCCACAAGGAAAUAGUGAAAAUCCCUACGCUGCACCAGAUGAAGUAAAGCACAAGAACGCCAGAAGUGUUACACUCCCCAGUGAGUACUCCUAUGCGAGGCCCAACGUCAAGAGAGAAAUGGAGAUAUCAGGUGACCGUUUGGUGACCAGAGCAGCAGCAAUGACGGCACAACAAGACGACACAGGCGGCAUACCGAAUGACGAGAACGAUGAGAAUCCAUAUGCUCUACCAGAUGAGAACAAAACGAGGACGACUCGCAAUGCUCCUCCAUCACUACCUCCACCAAAUGCACAAGAUUCUCGCACCCAACCAGAACUACACGAUCAGUCCAACGCAGACAGAUCUGCUGGUAAAAGUGAUUCAUCUAUCUCACCCUGUCAAUUCACUGCAGUAAAAGACACAUACGCUGUUGCCACUAAACAAUCUAAGAAGAAACAGUCGACCGUGUCACACAUGUCAGUUGGUGACAGUGAAUACGCUGUUGCCAACAUACAAGCCAAGAAAAAACAAUCAACAGUCUCACAUAUGUCAGUUGGUGACAGUGAAUAUGCUGUAUCGAGCAAGCUACCAUCGGGAAGUCCAAAAUCAAACCGAAAACCUGCAAUCGCAUCUAAACCAAAGCAUUACCAGACGGAAGGGACCAAAUAUACUGUAUCCGCAAAGUCUCGAUCUUUGCCUCGCGAUGCGAUGAAUGCAACUGCUUCAUCGGUUCAAAAGAAAGGAAAGUCUGACGUGAAGUAUACAGACGUGGAGAUUAUACCGUCGGAAACGAAGCGACACGUGACGUCUGAAGAAAACGUGGAGUACGCCACUAUUGACCAUGUUAAGCAUUGAAACAUUUAGUUAAUACAUUGACAUAAAUGCAGCUCUACUUGCACUCUAGUGCAAUAACUUUUCUAAAUUCUUGCUUUUUGUAUCGUAUAUAUUGCUUUGUUUAUCGUAUAUAUGUUGCUGUUGUCUGUUUAUAUACAAUCGUCAUUAAUCAUUGUAUUACAAUCAUUCAAUAAAUUCA